GCGACAUUACUCUCCAGGUAUAUGAGACUUUUCUGAUUUUUGUCUUAUUCAUUCGCUACUUGCAUUGCUUCUACCUCCAUGCUUUUGGAUAUUAUUCCCCACGUCAUGGAUAUUAUAACAGAUGUACACCCAAAUGCUUCGUCGCUAGUUGGUAGUAGAAAUCCUCUACUGCCCAGAAUAACAUCACCUCAGCAGACGCCAGCAAACAACAUUCGUCGGAAGGGAUCUUUCAUCAGGGCAAUCCCAGACUCUUCAGAAGAAUCUCCCUUGAGUUCUGACAAUUCAAUAUUCGAAGCAUUCUUAUUUUCCAACAGCAAUAGUGAGGACAGUGUACACAAAUUUGAUACAUUACCACGUUCUAAACAAGCGGCCUGCGAGGUUUCUUCAUCUAAUGACGAAAACAUGAGACAAACAUCAACCUCAACUCAACUCGAUACUACAGUCACCACGGAGUUUCUCUAUGGCCAUGGUACAGUCCUGGAUACCAUAACGGAACAAAAGAGUUAUGGCACUAUGCGUAGUGUCACUCGUACCAAAUCCGCAGAUGACAUCUCUACUUCCCCACUUCUUGGCCAUCGCGAUAGUUUUACAAUAGCCAAGAAUCGUCCUCGGCAUAAGCAAUCUUUCAGUCUGGAUGAUAUAUGGUGCAUUAAGGAUUCCUAUCAUGACGCAUGUGCCAUGAUUGACCAAGCUGCCCGACGCAGGUUAUCCAUCCAUGAAGUCUAUGCCAAACCCAAAGAACCUCUUCUUGCACCCCCAGAACGCCCUGAUACACCACCAGGCUGUCCCUCCUGGACUGAAGCACAAAAACCUGGUCCACGCCAGCAUUUAAUUCCUCAUCAUACUCGUCUUCAAAGACUACUAAGAAUGCCAUCAUCGGGGCUCACACUUUCACCAACACCUGCGAGAUCUUUUUUCACUGGGAGGGUAGUAUCUGCUCCAGGACUUACACGACUCCCUCCUCGCUUCCGGGCCCCAAGAAGUGUUUACUCAGCCAUCGAUACUCAUCCAUUUAGCAGUGCACCAGUCCAUAAAAUUGAUCCUGAACCACCAAUCGAAGCACCGCGUCCUAUUGUAGCUCCAAUCUUAAGCCAUCAUCCUCGAACCUCUUCGCUGCCCUCAGCUGCUCCACUGACAUCAACACACCCAACCGGCAAAGGAAAGGGAAAAGCCAAAUCCAAAUUCGUUCGUUUCACCCCCUCAGCCACUGCCCGCGACUCCGAAUUACUUAAUUUGCAACACGCGAUGGAAGCAACUAGUUCGACGGCUCUUCACCCCUUAGUCGAUCACAAUUCCAACUCUCAUUCUGUACUAAUCAAGACACCAACAUGUCCGCAUAGAAGAAAAAGACGAGAAAAUAUGAAUGAUGUGAAUCCAAGGUUUAAUUCGCCGGUUGAUACUUAUCAAGUUCCAAGAAGCAACCAAUAUCUGCCACUUGCGUCUGUGGCCAGUCUUCCCAGACUGCAGAUGCCUAAUAUAAGGGGCUUGCGAUCGAUGGGCGAUUCGGCCGUUUCGCUUCAUGCUUCUGCGUAUUCUGGCGAGAGACAUCCUACUUCAAUUGAUAUCAAUCAUAGCAUCAAUGGAGAAAAUGAUGGGAUUCGUAGAGCCUCUCUCUCUCCCUCUCUCAUCAGCUACAUCAAUGCCGAAUUCCCAAAUACAAGUCGAGACGACGUCGAUCUCGGCAUUAUCGAUCUGGAACGUGAAAAUCGCACAAGUGUUCAUACGAGAUCUCCAGGUACACCAUUAACUUCUCGAUCGGCGUCCGCAAAUACGAGCGCGAAUGCGAGUGGAUAUUUCAUGUCUGGCGCAUUGCAUAUCCCGCAUGUGGAGAGGGGUGAACAGCAAGCGCUUAAUGUGCCGAUUUUGACGGGGGCGAGAAUGAUGAGUGUGUGGAGUCCGGGGUUGAGGAUGGCUGGUGAUGGUUAUGGGACGGGGGUUACUGAGGGAGAUUUAGAUAUUGCUGCGAGAGGGGAGGAUAAAAAGGAGAGCGAUGAGAGUCUUUGUUGGAAGUGUAAAGUUAUAGGUGCGACGAGGAAAGUGGAAGAUUGGUUGGACAGGGGGAGCGAUUGGCUUUGCUUUGUUUGUUGUGGGAGGUGGGAGGAGGGGGGCGAGGAGGAGAGGGGGGAAGGAGCGGACCGGAGAGAGGCAGAGAGGAGGAGGAGAAUUGUUUUGGGGGGAGUACCGGGAGUGGGGAUUUAGGCGAUGGGAGGAAAUGAUAGAAUUGAGGAGAUUCUGCAUAACUAGUGUAUUGGUAUAAACGGAAACAGUUGAUAGAUGUAGAAAUGGAAAGGUAUGGAGUGUGAGGAUAUGCGUUAGGGAACCAAAGGGCGGGGAAAUUAGAAGACAUUGGUUUUGAGCUUGUUUUUGCUUGGCAUAACUACAAACUUCGACCCAAUACCUAUCAAUAAAAGCUUCAGCAUUCAUUAUUUCAUGCAUUGGAAAUACAUUAAACUUUUUCAAUUAGUUUAGUCUAAUGGGUAACA